GGAACUUAGUUACAGGAGAUGCAGCAAUGCAAUCAAAUGUCAUACCUGUGCAUAGAAGUUGCAUUGACUGGGCACCCCAGGUGUACUUUGUUGAUGAAGUAGUUAAAAAUUUGAAGGCAGAAGUGGCAAGGGGAGCAAAACUUAAAUGCAGUAAAUGUAAUCUAAAGGGAGCUGCUCUUGGCUGCUAUGUCAAAUCUUGUAGAAGGACUUAUCAUGUUCCUUGUGCAAUGGACAUCUCAACUUGCCGAUGGGAUAAUGAGGAUUUUCUCUUGCUCUGUCCUGUCCAUUCAAAUGUCAAAUUUCCAUGUGAGAAAACCAGAUCUAAGAAGCAGGCAAUUCAGAAGCACCCCACUCUGCCUCAUCUGCCAUCUCACCACUCAAAUCCUCUUGAAGCUUCACAGGAUGAUAGUAAAAAAUUGGUUUUUUGUGGGUCUGCUCUAUCAAAUGAAGACAAGGUACUUUUGAUCAAUUAUGCAAGCAAAAUUGGUGCUACUGUGACCAAGUUCUGGACAUCAAAUGUCACUCACGUAAUUGCAUCAACUGAUGGAAAUGGAGCAUGCUCUAGGACAUUAAAAGUUCUCAUGGCAAUUCUAAAUGGACGAUGGGUUCUAAAAGUGGAUUGGAUAAAAGUAUGCAUAGAAGAGAUAAAUCCUGUAGAGGAAGAACCAUUUGAAAUUAAUCUUGACAACCAAGGGUGUCAAGGUGGUCCAAAAUCUGGCAGACUUCGGGCAUUGGCCAAUGAGCCAAAGCUAUUCAGCGAUUUGAAGUUUUAUUUUUCUGGGGAUUAUGUGCCAGCUUAUAAGGAAGAUCUUGAAGAUUUAAUUGAAGUGGGGGGAGGUACUGUUUUGAGAAGCAAGGAAGAACUGGAAGCACAAAGACAUAAAUGUGAAGUGGAUUCUUCAAAGCUGCUGAUUGUUUACAACCUGGAUCCACCACAAGGAUGCAAGUUGGGGGAUGAAGUUUCAAUUCUUUGGCAAAGGCUAAACGAGGCAGAGGAUUUAGCUGCCAAUACUCUACAAGUCAUUGGUCACACGUGGAUUCUUGAAUCAAUUGCUGCAUGUAAACUGCAGCCUUUCGUAAACUAAAAUGCAUGGGGUAGCAGAUAUUUUGUCGAUCUCUUGAUAGGGCGUUCUUUCUGCAAAAGAAUUGAUCAAUUGUGUAUAGGAUUAGCUUGAGUUUAAUUUUUUGUCUUGCUCGGGGCUCGGGCUGUUAGUAUAUUUGGUUUAUAUAAAAGUUAUUUAAUGACUCGAUGUGGAAUGUAUUAUCUUGGUUGUUUUAAAUUAA